CUGCGAGCGGGAGAGCGACCAAGAGGGGGAGAGAGAGAGAGAGAGAGCAAAAGAAAGAGUGGGCAGCCACUCUGGUGCACUCUGGUGGUUCUUGCAGCAGCGUCACUGUUUGCUUGGUCUCCAACACUUUAAACUGUGGCUCAUGCAAGACUCAGCAGAAACACCGCAAACUAAUCCCAGUGGACGACUUUCAAUGGACAAGGCUGCGUCUUUCUGCUCCAGAACCACUUUUCUCCACCACUUCAUACAUGGACACUUUUCUUGGAUUUCUUUCUUUUCUAGAAAGUGCUUCAGCUCCAUGAGCUGAUACUGUUUCCAGCUCACUUUUUCAGUUGGACACAUCUACACCGGAGAUCAUGUUGUGGCCGCGUAGACCAGAGGAGCCUCCACAAACAAUCACGUCCGUGGAGACAUGUGGAGCCUCUGCUGCCCUGUGACGCCCGACAAUCUAAGACACCCUGCCUGUGUGUGUGUGUGUGUGUGUGUGUGUGUGAAAUGUGAGGCAGUAAGGAACUGUUGUCUUGUGAGGAGAAUGUCAACAACUUAAUUCCAAACACGUUAUAAUGCUCGUAAAAAGUGCUCAUUUGGCAGUUGUGUUCAUCCCCUUUGUGAAAACCAACUGCUGAAGAAUGGAUGGAAACCUGAGCACGUCACUGGGGAUUAACGCCACGAAAUCCUACCACGACGCCGCGGGUCCCUGGAGCCUCAUCAUACUGGUCAUCAUCAUACUGACCAUCGUGGUGGGAAACCUGCUGGUCAUCGUCGCCGUAGCUCACACCUCCCAGCUACAGACGACGACAAACAUCUUCAUCAUGUCCCUGGCGUGUGCGGACCUCAUCAUGGGCGUCCUCGUGGUCCCACUGGGGGCCACGAUCGUAGUGACGGGCAACUGGCAGCUCAGCGACACGUUCUGUGAGUUCUGGACGUCCGUGGACGUACUGUGCGUGACGGCGAGCAUCGAGACGCUGUGUGUCAUCGCAGUGGAUCGAUACAUCGCCAUCACGAGGCCUCUCCGGUACAAGGUCCUGCUCAACAAGUGGCGUGCCAGAGUAAUAGUUUGUUUAGUGUGGGUGGUGUCUGCCUUAAUUUCCUUCGUGCCAAUUAUGAAAGGGUACUACCGGGCAGAGGAAUCCGAGGCUGUGAGGUGCUACAACGACCCCGCAUGCUGUGACUUUGUGACCAACUGGGCCUUCGCCAUCAUAUCCUCCAUAGUUUCUUUUUACAUUCCACUCAUCGUGAUGAUAUUUGUGUAUGCAAAAGUCUUUCUAAUAGCCACGCGACAGGUCCAGCUCAUAGAUAAGAAUCGCAUACGCUUCCAGAACGAGUGCGUGACGACACAGAUUCAAGUCUGCCCGAGCGUCAACAACAUCCUGCCGUCGACGUGUGGGGGCUUCGGCGGCUGCAACAGCGCGGUGAGGAGGAAGAGCACCAAGCGGAGGCCGUCCAGACUCACGCUGGUCAAAGAGCACAAGGCCCUCAAGACCCUGGGCAUCAUCAUGGGGACCUUCACCGUGUGUUGGCUCCCGUUCUUCGUGGCCAACAUCAUCAACGCUUUUAACAAAGACGUUCCCCCCGAGAGGAUCUUUAGACUGUUGAACUGGCUGGGUUACAUCAACUCGGGCCUCAACCCCAUCAUCUACUGCCGGAGUCCAGAGUUCCGCACCGCGUUCAAGAACCUGCUGUGCUGCCCGUGGCUGUCCACGCUGCGGCUCAACACGUUCUACAAAGAGCUGCGGACUCGCUGCUCCUGCUUUCUGUGGCAAGCCGAGGCGGGCGCAGCCGGCCCUUUCCAAAAGCCUUCGACCAACAACACGGAGGGCAACGAGAGCAUGGUGAGCUCGCAGGGAAGCAGCAAGAGUGAGGAGGCUUCGCCUGGUCCUCUGCAGUCCAACGACAGCACACAAGUCAGUGACUUGUCAGAGUCAGAGACCAGAUUUUUCACGUUGCAGGAAAAGGACGGAUGAGCGGUGAAACGUGGAGCAGCUGAAGCAAACUCACGUUCUGCAGCCGCCGCCAUCGUCGUUCCUAUUACAAACAACUGAGACCAAAGACAUCAGCGAGGACGAGGACGAGGAGGAGGAGGAAGAAGAGGAGAGUCCACACACACUCACUCACUCACGUCUCAGAACCAGAGGCAGGAACACGCGGUGAAGACGACCCGCUGUGACUCAGCACUUCACCGGUGCAAACAGCUGACUCUUCAAAACUUUUUCCUUUUUUUUUUUUGCCAAAAUUAGACAAUAAAACCGCAGCGGGAAAAAUCCGAUGAACUGCAGCCAAUCUGUGGCCUGAGGUUUCAACAGUAAAUAAAUAAACAACAUAAAAAAGUA